UGAUAAACAAACAUAUUAUAGUGAUCUAUUUAUUAAUCGGCUUUUUUGUAUGAGUUCGCAUUGACCAAACGUUGUUCGUUAUUGAACUUCGAUUGACCUUUAUUGAUAAGUGUAUUACCGAGUCCAUGAAGAUCUGAGAGAAAUUCGAAACGAAUAAUUGUCUCUUUGUUGAACAGUUCAAGAAGAAUGAAGUCCAUCCUAGGUGUUAUUAUUCUAUUAUUUCAUGGAUCACAUACAGCAUUUCCGAAUUUUUACCCUAAAAUGAAGCCCUUUCCAUUAGAUGUUACUGAUGAUCCGGGUGAGCCACUGAUUUUAACACCAUUAAUUGAAGAAAACAAAAUAGAAGAUGCCUUAGCUGCUUCUGAGGUACAUUUUAACGGAUUUAAGAAUAAAAAGAGUUAUUCUGGUUACUUCACAGUCAACAAGCCUUAUAAUUCUAAUCUAUUCUUCUGGUUCUUCCCUUCUGAAAAUGAAUUUGAAAAUGCACCAGUGGUAUUAUGGUUACAAGGAGGACCUGGUGCAUCAUCAAUGAUUGGAUUAUUUGCAGAAAAUGGUCCUUUUUCUGUGAAAACUAAGAAUGGUUUGAAAUUGCGGCAAUAUUCAUGGACACAGACACACUCGGUUAUCUACAUAGAUAGUCCAGUUGGUACAGGGUUCAGUUUCACAAAUGAAGGAGGGUAUGCCCAAAAUGAAACCCAAGUAGGCGAAGAUCUAUAUAAUGCAUUAGAACAGUUCUUUUUACUUUUCCCAAAGCUACAGAGCAACCCAUUUUUUGUAACAGGGGAAUCUUAUGGAGGAAAGUAUGUACCUGCAAUUUCCUAUGCAAUUCAUAAGAAUAAUCCAACUGGAAAAGUAAAAAUAAAUUUACAGGGUCUUGCUAUCGGCAAUGGUCUCACUGAUCCUAUAAACCAAUUGAAGUAUGGUGAUUAUUUGUAUCAGCUUGGGUUGAUUGAUACCCAAGCACUUGCUGAUGUUAAAAACUAUGAACAAGAAGGUAUUAAAUACAUCCAGAAUAAAGAUUGGGUUAAAGCUUUCCAGUUAUUCGAUAAUUUACUAAAUGGAGAUCAAAAUAAUCAUACUUCCUACUUCAAAAAUGUAACAGGAUUCGACAAUUACUUCAACUUUUUAUACCCAGUUGAACCUGAUCGAGAAUUUGACUUGUUGGCUACCUAUUUGGAGAGAAACGACAUACAUGCUGCCAUACACGUUGGUGGUACUAAAUUUCAAGCAGAAAAUCCAAAAGUAGAAGUAAAUCUAAUGGAAGAUGUUAUGCAAUCUGUUGCACCAUGGGUCUCUGAAUUAUUGAACUAUUACAGAGUCUUGAUAUACAAUGGACAGUUGGAUAUAAUUGUUGCAUAUCCUUUGACUGAAAAUUACCUAAAGAAUCUUCAGUUUAGCGGCGCAGAUGAGUAUAAAACAGCAAAACGAUUAAAAUGGCAUGUUGAUUCAGAUUUAGCUGGAUAUGUGAAGCAAGCUGGAAAUUUAACAGAGGUACUAGUAAGAAAUGCUGGACAUAUGGUACCUCAUGAUCAGCCUAAAUGGGCAUUCGAUUUGAUUAAUAGAUUUACAAGGAACAAACCUUUCAAUUUCAAUUGAAUUAUAUCUAUAGGAUUGUUGACUUUGUUAUUUGGAAUAUGUUAGCCUUGUAAAAUUGAUAUUAUUUUUUAAGUACUCAGAUCAUGUUAAUACUUCAAAUUAUUUUUUUAUCAAGAAUGAAUUGGAAAAUGAAUCAGAUGUGUAUUCAUAAACAAAUAAAACAAUGUACCUUUUGAGUUA